CUGCAGCAGGCUCCUGUGCCCCUGCUCACCUCCCCCAAGAUGAAACCUCCCCUAGCCCUGGCCUUCCUUUGCCUCCUGGUGUCCCUGGCUGGCGGGAACCUGGUCCAGUUCGGAGUGAUGAUUGAGAGGAUGACAGGGAAGUCUGCCCUCCAGUAUAAUGACUAUGGCUGCUACUGUGGUGUGGGCGGCUCCAACUGGCCAGUGGACCAGACUGAUUGGUGCUGCCACGCCCAUGACUGCUGCUAUGGACGCUUGGAGAAGCUGGGCUGUGAGCCCAAGCUGGAAAAGUACCUCUUCUCUGUUGGUCGAGACACCAUUUUCUGCGCUGGUAGGACGACUUGCCAGCGGCAGACCUGUGAAUGUGACAAAAGAGCUGCACUCUGCUUUCGGCACAACCUGGGCACGUAUAACCGCAAGUAUGCCCACUACCCCAACAAGCUGUGCACCGGGCCAACCCCACCCUGCUGAGGCCCCAAGGUCUCCCUAGCCACCCCAG